AUGUCUGAUUUCGAAGAUGAAAUGGACGUCGAUGCCCCAUCUUCCAACGGCGCGGUCCAGUUCAGUUCGGACAACACCGGUGGGAAAGCUAAGAGGCUUGCAGCGGACUUGCCAGUAGAAGCCCAAGAUAAUCUACCCUGGGUUGAAAAGUACCGUCCUGUGUCGCUCGACGAUGUCUCCGGGCAUCGGGAUAUCCUAGCUACAAUCAACAAAUUUGUUGAUGCAAAUAGAUUACCCCAUCUUCUUCUUUAUGGACCUCCCGGUACCGGUAAAACAUCUACAAUUCUCGCGCUUGCAAGAGGGAUAUAUGGGGAGAAGAAUAUGCGUCAGAUGGUGCUUGAACUCAAUGCUAGCGACGAUAGAGGUACGAAACAGAUAUUCUCCAUGGCACCUAAGUCAACGACCGGUGGCUCAUCGCUCGCGUCGUACAAACUUAUUAUACUUGAUGAAGCCGACGCCAUGACAUCGACUGCACAAAUGGCACUGCGGCGGAUCAUGGAAAAGUACACCGCCAACACUCGGUUCUGUAUCAUUGCAAACUAUACACACAAGCUCUCGCCCGCUCUUUUAUCCCGAUGCACUAGGUUUCGCUUUAGCCCGUUGAAGGAAGAGGAUAUCAAGGCGUUGGUGGGCCUCGUUAUUGAAAAAGAACAAAUAAAUAUUCAGCCAGAAGCAGUGGAUAGCCUGGUUACAUUGAGCAAGGGCGACAUGCGUCGCGCUUUGAAUGUCCUCCAGGCUUGCCAUGCAAGCAGUAUACCACUUCCCAUGAAGAAUGCACCUAAAGAACAGCCGCGUCAGGAAUCAGAGAUGAUAACGAACACCACGAUUUACGACUGCAUCGCCGCCCCUCAUCCAUCCGAUAUCCAAGAAAUCAUGACUACUCUUCUUGCCACCAGUGAUGUUACCUCAUGCCUUAGCACAGUUAACACCCUAAAGUCUAACAAAGGGCUUGCUUUAGCCGAUAUCCUCGCAGCUUUAUCUGAACAGCUCCAGCGACUGGAAGUUCCUGCGCAAACGAGAAUUACAUGGCUUGAGGGUCUUGCCGAGAUCGAAUGGCGACUUGCCAGUGGCGGUUCAGAAACCAUGCAGACAGGUGGCUUGGUUGGAGUGGUGCGGAACGGCUGCGAGUUAAUGGUAGAGAAGGAGAUGUGA